AUGGUGUCUGCACGCCUACAUGACUGUUCUACCCGAGAGACAGGAUCUUCAAUCAAGAAGCGGCAAGAGUGUUAUGUGACUCUGCGGUGCCUAAUUGCCGAAAACCGGUCUCUACAUCUCGUGAAAGAGUACGAAAAGCAGAAAGUGGGCGUGCGAUCACCACAAGACCAAAAGUUCGGCUACAUCUUUGUAGAGAACAAUCUUAUGCUCAAGCAAGUUCGCAACCUUCUUUGGGAGCAACUAUUAAGUGAAUUGCCAAAGGGACAGGACGUGCCCAGUGGACCCCAUUGCUUCGACUUUCUCGACUCGAACGGGUAUCCAAUUGUUGCCAAGCAGGAGGUGCUUUUUACUGUUCUAGAUAUCGUGAACGACUACACCAUCACGAUACACACUGUAACCAGAGGCUCAGACGACCAGGUGGAUUACCGCGCUCGAGCAGAACAGCCCACGGAACUAAAAGAGAUCCCACACCUCACGGUACCCAGACGGCCCAACGCUCUCGAUCUGCCGCGAUCGAUGAAUAGAAAUAAGAAUGGGCUUAUUCACCAGCAGCCCGAGUGAGUUCAAUAAUAUUUUCCGUUUUCGCGUAUGAUUCAUCGCUUCCUUAACUCGAUUGUGUUCACCAUGGCAACAUUACACAAUAACAAAUAGGGAGGGUAAUCCUUUAUUAUGAAUCGAGCAUAAGCAGUUAGAUUCUGAAUGAACGCGGAUAAUAGGUUAGGCUAGUUUACUGUGACUUAAUAGUAGUUGUCCUAUUGCCCGCGAUAAAUGAAGGUGAGCCUUGUGCGUUAUUUGUAGUCGGAGUCGCCUAGAAGCUGGGACAACAUCUGACUAAAUACGUUCAUUACCCGAGUCAUAGUUGUAACCUUUUUGCUUAGCGCCGUAGCAAUCGACACAAUCACGAAAGAUCGUCACUUUUGAUCCAUCAGCUUGUCAAGCUUUUUGGGUGACCAGAUUUUUGAAGCGAUUGAUUUCAUUACGUGUUGUCGUAGAAUUUUGUUUAUCGCCAGCGAAAGAGCUUCGUGGUAUGGGUGAAACAUCUAUCGAGGCAAAUUUUAGUUACUAAGUUUACCUGCAAACAUCGAAUUGAACAAGGUCGUUCCUUAUAUGCAUCUAAAGAUAGUUUAAUUAGUGGCAUAUGGAUGUUUUGCAUUUGUAGACAGUUCGCUUGUAGCCGUGACGUACAAUGAAAUGGUGCACAAACCGAUUGGUUAUGAGAAAAGAGAGUAAUGGACUGAAUUUAGGGCAGUUGUGCCGUAGCUAAUUUUCUAUAGGUGACAAUGCAAACCAUUUAGUCAGACUGAAGGGAUAUAGGUUAGUUUUUUUUUCAUAUUUAAUAUGGCUUUUGUAACGCUGGAUAACAUAAGAAGAAAUUAGUAUCGUUAGUUGUAGCUGCUGUAAAUCAAGAACGAACAGCAUAAUGAAACAAAUUUACAUAUGCAAGUAGCUCGGAAUGGCAAAAAAAGGUGGUCCUAAAUGAUCUUGAACCAAGGCAUUAUUAACGCCAUGAGUAUUUUAGAUUUGCCAUAUUGUGGACCACUCAAACAUUGUUACAGCUAAGUCGAAACACGCACGCGGUAGGACACGUAGCAUAAUUUAGAAAGGUAGGUUAAUGGCAAAUAUCAGUGCUACUUCAAAUGAACAUACUUUUAAUAAAAACGAGGAUGUGUUCAAGUAGGAGUAUGAUGGUAUAUGGUAAAUCUCUAGAAUAUUCCUCUGAGAAACCCGCGCCUGCCAUGGAGUAGUAUAUACUAAUUAACAGACUACAUUAACAUGUUAAAGCUUUUAGCGACGAUCGGCAGAAUUUAUUCAUUAGAACCCACUCAUCAAGUAGCAUUCUGUAUUUACACGAUUGGAAGCCAAGCAUUGGCUUUUAUAUCCUAUAUAUGAGCAACCCUAUAAAAAUGAACAACUUUUUAACGAUUGCCUCCUACCGACGCCUUUCUUUCCGCUAUUCGCCAAUAUAAAAGGCAACUCCUCUUUGGUAAGAAGUAUUUACUAGUUAGAGGGCACACUUUUGGGUAUUACGGGAAUAAGCGCAAUCUGGUACAAGCAAAAAAGCACAGAAGAACGUAAUCAUACACCGAGAUGUAGAAUAUGAUUGCGUAACGGUCUAGGGCCGAAGCUUCUUAGACUAUCACGUAGACCUCCUAAAAGAACAGAACUGCAUCGCUGUGUGAGGAAUAUUCUGGUGGCUUAGCAUCUAACUCAAACCUUCAGUUUUCGGUUUCUGCAAUGCAGAGUGAGCAACUUAAGUUUGAAAUUGCUCUGAUGAUCUACGUAAACCCGUGGCCACGGCGAGUCCUGCGACUGUUCAAUAUGUCGAGAUAGUUCCAAUGAUCUUCUUUUGAUGGAUAUAAAGUCGUACUUAUUGAUUAACGCUAGAAGACAAUCCUAAUAUACAGCCUAAUAUACAGCAAAAGCAAGAACGAAUCUCAUCAGGAAUGAAGUGUAUCUUCGUGAUCCAAUACAAAGUUAGGCAUUAAGUUCUAUACUGAUUAGCAGUAGUGAACCCAUAGUUAGUUCAAAAUCGUUCACGAAGCAAUGAGCUAAGUAUACUAAACAUUUGAUCACCAGCUACCAUUUGACCAGUAAGCAACACGUCGACUGCUGCCAAGAAAGAAACCCUCGAAAUAGGAGCCACUGUUUGUUUUCGAAAAAUAAUUCUAAUGCUCUAUACCGAGGAUUUUCGCCAAUUAUACCUAAAAAGAUUUACCCUUGAAACUAAAGACAUUGUUUUAUUUCCAGUAUAGUUAAUUAACCUAAGGAUACUUUGGGUGAUGACGCCUAUUGAUACUUUGGGUUGCAAUAUUUGUGGCUUCGAUCGUCCUUAAGUAUUUCUGCUGAAAUGAAUUUUCACUUUUAGGAGAGUUCUAUUCUGAGGUCUAUGUUUAUGAUACAUGUACACCAAGUGAAAGCCAUCUUUAGAUUGUGCAAUGGAUAUCAUGUCUUUCCAGUAGUUUGCGCUAAGUUAAAAAAUCGCUGCAAAACAUUUGAAUUACAUUGGACUUUUGAACCUCAACUAGAUUCCUAGGUGAGUAUUGUGUAAUACUAAAUAAAAUUUCAGACGGCACAGAUUUUUCAGAAAAAUUGUUUAUUUACUUUUAAUAUACACAGAUUGAUAACUAACACACUAUACAAUAUCUGUGAACAGAACUGUGUUAUGUUUUUGUGUAUAUUUUUCUCACGUUCAGCUGCAAUUUUUUUCUUGACUAAAAAUCCUUGAUUGCAACUUAGAAUUGCCACGGAAUCUAAUGCCUUGC